AUGGACACCCAAUUCAAGCUGUCUCCCCUCUCCAACGACGAGCGACAGCAGUACUACCACCACCUCUUCGCCGACAAAACAGUCCCUCUCGCUAGCCUUCAAGCUCCACACGAGUGCAAAGUAUGGCCCGCCUACGCCGACGAGAUCUGGGCCGCCUUCCUCUACCACACCACCUUCCGCGUCAACGUCUGGGUGAACUACGAUCCCACCUCCGCCCGCUUCUACAACGAUCUCGACCCUCGCUAUGAAAGCUGCGGUCAAGCCAACGCCUCACCAUCCCAGGCAAGCAAGCUCCGCGCCACUCUGCCACCAAACGCGGAGCUCGGGUCGAUAACUUUCGAGCUCGGCACGCCGUUCCAAAGCCUUGCCACCUUCAGUUUCUGGACUGAAGACUCGAAGCUCGAUGUCGGCUCGCAGAUGACCGGCAAGGUUCACUGGCACGUCGACAACGAGCACUGGGAGCUGAAAAGGUUCGUCAUGCAUACUGCGGCGCACCUCGUCAACACCUUUGCUCUGCCGUACGGCGCGCAGGGUCUCGCGCUGGAGGAUAUGGUGGAGAUGGCAGGAUGGUUUCGCCGCGUGCAGACGCAGGAGGAGGCGGAGUGGUAUGAGGACGAUGUUGACCAGGGUCCGUGGACGGUGGUGAGUAACGAUUGGGAGCACAGCCAUGGCUGGGUUUCGCUCGAGAGCAGCGGCAGGCGCUUUGGCGGUUAG